AUGGCGUCAUCGUGGAUGGUGGAGAGCAUGCACACUGGCCUUUUGUCCAUCCAUUUAAGUGCCAUCAUGGUCUCGUCAAUCAGGGCUGAUGUAGUGUCGCCCUUGGCCAGUGUGGCUUGCUGCGGGGAGUCCACGGCGGUUGACACGGACAGUCCCACACGCUCCAAAUCCCAGAUCACGAGUUCGAGCACUACAGCGUGGGUGUAGCCAUUCCCCCCCAAGUCGAGUGACUCAUCCUUUCCUGUGAAGAAAUUCAUGAUGAGGGAGAAACGGUCUCGACUCAGGACCUGUUUUGGUGGAAUUAGUGAAACUAUGUAGUCCUCUGUAUGGUAGUAUAAUCAUGUAUGUUGUGUACAAAAUGUUUUUUUAUAGUAUGUGGAGUGUG